AUGGGGAAUGUAGUAAAUGACAGAGAUAGCAUUAUUGAGAAUUAUUUUAAUGCUGGUAACAAGUAUUGUGAAAUCCUUGCAUUUCUUAUUGCGUAUCAUGGAAUAAAUAUAUCGCUUCGACAGUUGAAAAGAAAUUUAAACACGAAGGGCAUUCGGAGAAGAAAACAUCCAAGUGAUCUCGAAGACGUCAUAAACGUAAUUGAGAAAGAAAUUCAAGGAAGUGGCUCAUUCAUCGGCUACCGUGCAAUGUGGCAAAGAUUAAGAACGGAUUAUAAAUUGGUCGUAAGUCAAAACACCGUGCGACGGGCUUUAAAAUUGAUUGAUCCCGAUGGUGUUACCCGGCGCAGAAAACACCGACUGCAACGAAGGCGCUACAAAGCAAGGGGACGAAACCAUCUGUGGCACUUGAAUGGUUAUGACAAACUGAAACCGUUUUGGUUUUGCAUCCAUGGAUGUAUAGACGUCUACAGCCGACGUAUUAUGGGGCUAGAAGUUGGUACAACAAACAACGACCCACGUGUUAUUGCAAAGUAUUUUAUAGAUUGUAAACAUGCUGUUGACACAACUGAACUUGAUAUUGCUGAAGAGUUGUGA